AUGUCGACCUCGGAAACCCUCAUAUUGCAAGCAGCUAACGUUAACCCAUUGGGACACAACUCCUGUCAUACCUCAAUUGAACUGUCAAAGCCAACAAGCGUCUCUGAUCCGCUACCCAAAGACGGACUCAAGGAGGAAUCAAGUACUGCCACGGAUUCCGCUUUGAAGAAGCCUGUUAGUACCCUCAAUCCCAAUGCCCGUCCUUGGAAGCCGUUCUGGAGUGCUGAACUCCAAGUUUUGGCGAAUGAGCGUGAUCGUAUGUAUCGACGAUGGCGUCGUGCCGUUGGUCUCUACAAGGUCUAUCCUUAUCUCGCGUACAAAGAAGCUCGUGAUACUUUUCAGAAAGCGGUCCGAAGUGCAAAACGACAAGUGUGGCGUGCUUCUCAAGAUACAGUGGCAAAAACGCAAAUAGAAAAAAAAAUGAUCAAGCUUUGUGAAAGUGUUGUAUUUAUCUAUCCAGUUGGUCAGCCAUGUCUCCGUAUGCGAACAUGCCUUUUUCCUCUCAGUUCACGAACCACGCAUACGUUCAAGACAAUCUCGAUUUCGUAUACAAUCACGGCUGUCCUCGCCUCAGGAGAUAUAGGUUACAAGGCUCUUAUUUGA